UGGCGUAUAGGCCGCGGCGUUAGUGGGCGCCCAGAACACUCGCCGGGUCGGUGUUUUGGUGUCGGUCCUCUCUUUUUUUUUUUCCUCUCGUCCGAGGGAAAGAGAGCUUGGUUAUGGCGAGCGCGCCGCGGCGCGCCCUAGCUAGCUACAUUUGGAUCCGCAUGGCAGUGGGGCAGCGCUCGUGAGCUCCCCCUCUUCUUGUUCCUCCUCUUCACCCCAUUCCUCUUCUCGCCAUAGCUGGAUUCUCGAUCUCCGGGCACACAGAUGCAGAGCCUUCGCAAAGAUCGCGCCCGAAAUAUCGAUCAUUCCGGCCGCAAGGAGGCGAGCGAUGAGGCGAGGGCCGAGGAGGACGCCGAGGACGCCGGAUGCGUGGUUCUUGAGGAAGAUCCCGAGGAGGAAGAGGAGGAUGUGUCGCCGGCGGUGAGCGAGGCGACGCAGCUGCCGGCUUGCGAGGUGGAGCUGGGCGGCGGCGAGCAGGAGGAGCUCGGGAGUGGAAUCAACAGCGGCGGCAGCGGCCCUAGCAUGGGAUUUCCCUACUUCGUCCAGAAGAAGGUCUCGUUUCGGACGCAGGAGCUCAUCCACUGGGAUAGACGGAAUUGCAGGCCCAGCGAGGAGAUGGACAUCACGCGAAUGCUGCGAGCAACACGGCCAGCUUUGUUGGGCGGCGAAGAGCGCCAGAACAAGGACUGGACUUACUACCCCGGUAGCACUUCCAGGCAUCCACGGUCCGAGAGCCCGCCUCUCCAGGCGGUGGCCUCCGGCGGUCAGCAUUCGGAGAGCAGUGCUGCCUACGUCCUCUGGCCGCCGGCUCGGAUAAAUGGAACCGCGGAGGAGCGAGCCGCUUAUUUUAGUGGGCUUCAGAAAGAUGCGGAGAUGGACACGCAGCAGCGGGUGCCCAGCGGCCAGCAAGCCUCCACUCUGCUAGAUUUGAUGACCAUUCGGGCCUUCCACAGCAAAGUUUUACGCCGCUACAGCCUUGGAACAGCGCUCGGGUUCCGGACGCGAGCUGGGGUGCUGACCAACAUCCCGGCUAUCAUUGUCUUUGUGGCUCGCAAGGUCCACAAGCAAUGGCUUCUCGACGUCCAGAGACUGCCGACUGCUCUCGAGGGGCCUGGGGGAGUUUGGUGUGAUGUAGAUGUGGUUGAAUUCUCGUACUAUGGCGCUUCGACCGUGACACCAAAGGAGCAAAUUUACUCCGAGCUGGUCGAAGGGUUGCGUGGUAACGAUCCGUGCAUUGGCUCCGGAUCACAGGUAGCAAGUCAAGAGACUUAUGGUACGCUAGGUGCUAUAGUUCGAAGUCAGACGGGUGCAAGGCAAGUUGGUUUCCUGACAAACAGGCACGUAGCUGUCGACUUAGAUUACCCAAACCAAAAGAUGUUUCAUCCUCUGCCGCCAAACCUUGGACCAGGGGUAUACCUCGGCGCAGUAGAAAGGGCGACGUCCUUCAUCACCGACGAUCUGUGGUAUGGCAUUUUCGCUGGCAUGAAUCCAGAGACGUUUGUGCGAGCGGACGGGGCUUUCAUUCCGUUUGCGGAAUCAUUUGAUACAAGCAAAGUGUCGGUCAGAGUUCACAGCCUGGGGGAGCUGGGGGAAGUUUUCCGAGUGGAUCUCCAGGCACCAAUCGAGUCCAUUGUGGGGCAACACGUGGUCAAGGUGGGGAGGAGCUCCGGGCUUACAAAAGGCAUUAUCAUGGCGUAUGCGGUCGAAUACAAUGAUGAGAAAGGCAUCUGCUUUUUCACGGACUUUCUUAUCGUGGGGGAGAACAAGCAGGCAUUCGAUCUAGAAGGGGACAGUGGCAGCUUAAUAUCCAUGACGUGGGAACGGUGUGAGAAUCCCAGGCCAGUGGGAAUCAUCUGGGGUGGCACAGCAAACAGGGGGCGUUUGAAGCUGCGAAGCGGGCACGGGCCCGAGAACUGGACAAGUGGCGUCGACUUGGGCCGUUUGCUUGACUUGCUACAACUGGACUUGAUAACCACCGAGACGUCCUUGCAAGACGCUCUGGAAGAACAACGGCGGUGGGGGUCGUCAAUCGCGGUGGGAGCAACCGGGGUGCCAGACGCGUCUCCAAAGGAUUACUCCAAGAUGGAUAUGAUGCUGGCACCGCACGAGAGGUUGCGUUCUUCGGGGAAUUUGAUCGAGCCGGGCUCGUCACAGGGACCGGUGGAGUUGGGAGCAGCAGCGCCACGGCAUUCUCCGAUAGCUGUCUCUCGUCACGCUGCUCCUCUAGCGUCCAAAGCUAACAAGAACAUCGAUCUCCAGAUACGGCUGCCGGUUCCUCCCUUUGAGAUCGGGCUGGCGUUGGCAUCAACUUCUCCACCGGAAGGCGGCGAUGGUGGAGGAUCGUCGGCAGCCACGGGAGGAACAGGAUGGGGGGAUCCAAAGAAGAACUUAAGCGAGGAUGUCUCCUUGAACUUAAAUCUCUUCGAUCGUGAUCCCAAGCGGCGACGCUCUGGCCCGAGUCCGUGAUCGAUCGAGAUACGAUACCAAAGGGAAAGAAUGCAUUGGAUUAGAUCAUCUGGAAGAACUUCUAUGAGCUAGAAGAACUUCUCCCCGAGAAUUCUCUGUGGCAUUAUUUUUUUUAGGAUGGGAAAAGAGAGUAGUUUAUAGCAAA